CCUGUGUCAGUCUUCCACAUCCAUAGAGGGAGCUUCCCUCCAGUCACACAUCCCGUUUCCUCUCCUCUCCUCUCCUUGUGUGGAGUACGCUCAGCCCUUGUGACCGCCGUUCGUUCUGCUGGGUUGGAUUGGCCGCUGCCCGGCGGGGCCCGUUCUGGCCGCGUGAGUCCGGUGUGUGACGUCAGGGUGGCUUUGUGUGGACGAUCGGGCGGUACCGAUAUGUUAAUGGAUUCCAGGCCCGGUUAUCAUCGGGGGCUGGGGGGCAGCGGGAGCAGUAAUAACAUUGCCUAUGGAGGCUCGGCCUCCAACUCGCCGGCUCUGACCGGAGCCCAGGCCCGCCGGAGGAAGCAGCCUCCCCGGCCAGCGGACUUUAAACUGCAGGUGAUUAUCAUCGGAUCCCGGGGAGUGGGCAAGACCAGCCUGAUGGAGAGAUUCACCGAUGACACCUUCUGCGAGGCCUGCAAGUCCACAGUGGGUGUUGAUUUUAAAAUCAAAACUGUGGAGUUAAGAGGAAAGAAAAUCAGGUUACAAAUAUGGGACACAGCUGGCCAAGAGCGAUUCAACAGCAUUACCUCGGCUUAUUACAGAAGUGCCAAGGGAAUCGUAUUAGUGUAUGAUAUUACCAAGAAAGAGACCUUUAAUGAUUUACCAAAAUGGAUGAAGAUGAUUGAUAAGUACGCCUCUGAAGAUGCAGAACUUCUUUUAGUUGGAAAUAAGCUGGAUUGUGAAACCAACAGAGAAAUAACCCGGCAGCAGGGAGAAAAGUUUACACAGCAGAUUACUGGCAUGCGGUUUUGUGAAGCAAGUGCGAAGGACAACUUUAAUGUAGAUGAAAUCUUUUUGAAAUUGGUUGAUGACAUAUUAAAAAAGAUGCCUCUGGAUAUAAUGCGCAAUGAGCUCUCCAACAGCAUCCUGUCUCUCCAGCCAGAGCCAGAAGUUCCUCCAGAACUGCCACCACCUCGACCUCCAGUCCGGUGCUGCUGAUUCUCUUCGGUGCCCCCACAAAGUGGCACAGUGACACUCGGUUCCUGUGCUCUGUCUUACAAUCAUUUGGAAGGUCCCAUUUUGCACUUCUGACUCAGUAAAAUAUGUAAAUACGUAAGCAGCAGACGGAGAAUAGUUCUGCGUUUGGAAAGCGUUUCUUUUUUUUCUCAGUUGGGAGUUUGCACACUAAUAUCAAUGGCCUCUGGAGUAAAGGGAUUGGCUAUUGUAAGCGCUGUACCGCAGUGGUUCCUGCAAAGCACUUUAUUUCAGGCUCCACUAGUUGUGUAGUAUGUAGUAUUGAAGUCAUGACAUUUUCUGCUCCAAUGUUAAAUCAGGCUGCCAGCUACCGAACUUUUUUGUUUCUCUUUUUUUUUUUAUCUAAACAUAUAUACAGUGCUUUGCAAAAUGUAUUAUCACUCCAAAAUAUUUAAAUAUUUAAGAUCUCCAAAAAUGCUUCCAUAUACAGUAUUAUAUUUAGUUUAUUAUACAGUGCAAUUUUCAAUUGUAAUCUGUAGCAUUUAUAGGAUUACUGGAUCUGCCACAAGUAUUAAUGUUUGUUCCAGUAGUUUAUUUUAUUUCAAGUAUUUAUUAACGUCUGAAUAGUUUGAAGGAUCUAUUUCUGUUCCACAUUUUUGCAUUUGCUCUUAUUGAUUAACACUUUGAGCUGUCAAAGUUUCCCCCUUUUUUCUUUUUUACAUUUUUCUGGCACAGGAUCCUUUGUGUGGUAUGAAGGGUAAUUGAUGAAGGAUAAAACGUAUGUGGUUUACUAAUUUUGUUGAGACCUCACUGCACACUCCAAAUAAUGGGCUUACUGGGAACUAUUACAUUAAAAAAAGAUCACUUUUCCACUCUGCAUUGGCUCACAACAGGACAGAAAACAAUGUACUUUUUCUAUACACUUACUAAUCUGAGCUUUGACUUCGCUGAUUUUUAUGGGUGGUUUGGGGUUUUUUUGGGGGUGAAAAGGCAUAACAUACACCUAAAUGGCACACUUUCUUCGAAUCAUGGUGGUUUUGUGAAGUAUGUAUUUGAUAUCUCUCUAUUUCAAUGCACUGUACAAUACAGUAUGGGGAAACAGUGACUGAUAAUGCAUUUAUAUAAUGUGUCCUUGUGGAAUCAAGAUAGUAUUUCUAACUAAUGAAGUGAAAUAAACUUUUUUUUUAUUAUUAUUUAUGAA